AUGGGCAUGCUGUUGCGGCACCUGGCGCUGAUCGCCGUGCUGUGCUGCCUGGCGGCCGUGGCCGCCAGGGACGCCGACGCGCGAUCGAGGGACGAAGCUGUGCUGACCUCGGCCAAGGCCAGUCCUCGGGAGUCCUUCGCGCGCUGGGCGGCGGAGGCGGGCAGACAAUAUCAUCAAGACGCACAGGAAUUCGAGCGGCGCUUCAAGAUCUGGCUCGACAACCUGGAGUACAUCCUGGAUUACAACCGGCGGCACAAAUCACACUGGCUCGCGCUCAACCGCAUGGCCGACAGGAGUGAUGACGAGUACAGGCAGCUGCUGGGGACGAGGGUGCCGGAGGAGCGGCUCGUACAGGCGCCGGCCCCGCCCGAAGGCUCGGGCGACGAUAGGACCGUGGACGCGAUCGACUGGAGGCAGCACGGCGCCGUGACGAAGGUCAAGGACCAGGAGUCGUGUGGAGGCUGCUGGGCGUUCUCUGCCACGGGGUCCAUGGAGGGCAUCAAUGCCAUCCGCACAGGCAAGCUGCUCUCCCUCAGCGAGCAGGAGCUCAUUGACUGUGAGACACAAGACGAUGGGUGCCAUGGGGGAUGGAUGGACGAUGCCUUCAUGUUCGUUGAGAAGAACCAUGGCAUCACGCUGGAGGACGAGUACCAGUAUAAGGGCAUUGAUGAACAGUGCAACCUGAAAAAGGAGGGUGAGCGAUAUGUGACCAUUGAUGGUUACAUUGACAUUGCCCAGAGUGAGGAUGCUGUGCUGAAGGCAGCAGCCAAUCAGCCCAUCAGCAUCGCCAUAGACUCAGGCAGCCGCUCCUUCAUGUUCUAUGGUGGCGGUGUCUACGACGAGCCCUGCGGCACCACCCUAGACCACGGCGUGCUGGCCGUGGGCUACAACAUGACCGCCCCUGUGCCGUACUGGAUCAUCAAAAACUCCUGGGGGCCCGACUGGGGUGAGAAGGGCUACAUACGCUUCAAGCAUGGUCUGAACAAUGGGCAGGGUCAGUGCGGGUUGGCCCUGGCCGCCUCUUAUCCAAUGAAAACCUCGCCAAACCCCCCGAAGCCAGGUCCCACUCCCCCAGGCCCUACUCCAGGUCCCACCCCUGGGCCCCCGCCACCCCCGCCCGGUCCCACCCCACCACCCCCGCCGCCGCCGCCCGUCCCGUGCGACAGCUUCACAAACUGCCCCGCAGGCAGCACGUGCUGCUGUGAGCUGAUGGUCAUGAAUUUUUGCUUCGAGUGGGGCUGCUGCCCUUAUCCAAGCGCCACCUGCUGUGACGAUCAUGUGCACUGCUGCCCUGCUGACUACCCCGUGUGCGACACGGACAACGGCGACUGCUCCAACCCGAUGGCCAAUGGUCGCAUCCCGUGGGGCACGAAAACCAGCGCCGCGUGGCACUUUCCAUGGGCGCAGGGCGCGACCCACAGCGAAGGGGAAGAUGCCCAGCCAAGGUCGCGUCCCAUGGGUGGCCAGAUCGCGACGACAUGA